AUGUCACAGAAGCAAAGUACGAAUCAGAAUCAAAAUGGCACGCAUCAGCCACAACCAGUAAAGAAUCAACGAACUAAUAAUGCUGCUGGCGCCAAUUCCGGCCAGCAGCCACAGCAACAGAGUCAAGGCCAGUCUCAACAGCAGGGGAGGUCCAAUGGUCCGUUUUCGGCGUCAGACUUGAAUAGAAUUGUCCUAGAGUACCUGAAUAAAAAGGGAUACCACCGUACAGAGGCCAUGCUGAGAGCCGAGAGUGGACGUACACUAACACCUCAAAACAAACAAUCACCAGCAAAUACUAAAACAGGUAAAUUUCCUGAACAAUCAUCAAUUCCUCCGAACCCCGGGAAGACAGCUAAACCCAUAAGCAAUCCAACUAAUUUGUCAUCCAAGAGAGAUGCAGAAGGUGGUAUAGUAUCUAGCGGGCGACUAGAAGGGCUCAACGCACCUGAAAAUUAUAUACGUGCAUAUUCAAUGUUGAAAAACUGGGUAGAUUCGUCGCUGGAAAUUUACAAGCCGGAACUAAGCUACAUCAUGUACCCAAUAUUCAUUUAUUUAUUUUUAAAUUUGGUGGCCAAAAAUCCUGUUUACGCCCGUCGUUUCUUUGAUAGAUUUUCUCCCGAUUUUAAGGACUUCCAUGGCUCAGAAAUUAAUAGACUUUUCAGUGUCAAUUCUAUAGAUCACAUCAAGGAAAAUGAGGUCGCAAGUGCUUUCCAAUCUCACAAGUACAGAAUUACUAUGUCUAAAACCACUUUAAAUCUUCUCUUAUAUUUUUUGAAUGAAAAUGAGAGUAUUGGAGGUUCAUUAAUAAUUAGUGUAAUAAAUCAGCACCUAGAUCCAAAUAUUGUAGAAUCAGUAACCGCAAGGGAAAAAUUGGCUGAUGGAAUAAAAGUUCUCAGUGAUAGUGAAAACGGAAAUGGUAAACAAAAUUUAGAAAUGAAUUCUGUUCCUGUCAAGCUGGGACCUUUCCCAAAAGACGAGGAGUUUGUUAAGGAGAUUGAAACUGAAUUGAAAAUUAAGGAUGAUCAAGAGAAACAACUAAAUCAACAAACUGCAGGUGACAAUUACAGUGGAGCCAACAAUAGAACCUUAUUGCAAGAAUAUAAAGCUAUGAAUAACGAAAAAUUUAAGGAUAAUACUGGCGACGAUGAUAAAGACAAAAUUAAAGAUAAAAUCGCCAAAGAUGAGGAAAAAAAAGAGAGCGAAUUGAAGGUGGAUGGUGAAAAAAAAGACAGCAAUUUAUCUUCGCCAGCACGUGAUAUUUUACCUUUACCACCAAAGACGGCACUAGAUUUGAAGUUGGAGAUUCAGAAGGUCAAGGAAUCUCGUGAUGCCAUCAAACUAGAUAAUUUACAGUUGGCCUUACCAAGCGUGUGCAUGUAUACAUUCCAAAACACAAAUAAAGACAUGUCAUGUUUAGAUUUCAGUGAUGAUUGUAGGAUAGCGGCUGCUGGCUUUCAAGACAGUUAUAUCAAGAUCUGGUCACUCGACGGCUCAUCACUUAAUAAUCCUAACAUCGCGUUAAAUAACAACGACAAGGAUGAAGACCCAACGUGUAAAACUUUGGUGGGGCACAGUGGUACAGUAUAUUCAACAAGUUUCAGUCCGGAUAAUAAGUAUUUACUUUCUGGUUCUGAAGAUAAAACCGUCAGGCUAUGGUCCAUGGAUACUCACACCGCGCUAGUAAGCUAUAAGGGCCAUAAUCACCCUGUGUGGGAUGUUAGUUUCUCCCCGCUAGGCCAUUAUUUCGCCACUGCAUCGCACGACCAAACCGCAAGGUUAUGGUCAUGCGAUCACAUAUAUCCAUUAAGAAUAUUUGCAGGACAUUUAAAUGAUGUUGAUUGUGUGUCAUUUCAUCCGAACGGUUGCUAUGUGUUUACGGGAUCCAGCGAUAAGACGUGUCGAAUGUGGGACGUUUCUACAGGCGACUCGGUUAGGUUAUUUCUUGGACAUACUGCGCCCGUCAUUUCUAUUGCUGUUUGUCCAGAUGGUAGGUGGUUGUCCACUGGUAGCGAAGAUGGUAUUAUUAAUGUAUGGGAUAUUGGUACCGGCAAAAGGUUGAAACAAAUGCGUGGCCAUGGUAAGAAUGCCAUUUAUUCCUUAUCAUAUAGCAAAGAGGGAAACGUACUUAUUAGUGGAGGUGCCGAUCAUACAGUCCGUGUAUGGGAUUUGAAAAAGGCCACUACUGAGCCAAGCGCAGAACCAGAUGAGCCAUUCAUUGGAUACUUGGGUGACGUUACUGCAUCUAUAAACCAAGAUAUAAAAGAAUAUGGUCGCAGAAGAACAGUAAUACCUACAAGCGAUUUAGUAGCGUCGUUCUACACCAAAAAGACGCCUGUUUUUAAGGUCAAGUUCAGCAGAAGCAAUUUAGCCCUUGCAGGAGGUGCUUUCAGGCCAUAA